GAUGGGUCGACUGGUAGCAGGAAGCGUUUUUUAAAAGUUAAUAAAGUUUUAAUUAUCAAUGCAUUUUUUACACAAACAUUGAUUUGCUUCAGAAGACAUUAAUUGAUCGACUACUGCCUAAAUAUGCCUUUGGGCCAUCAAACAGCCAGCAACAUCAUGGCACCCAUUCACUUGCAUUGUAUGUUUAAACAGAGCAAAAAUGUGCUUAUAAAAAUCUCCAUUUCUGUUCUGCUGAAGAAGGAAAGACAUACACAUCUGGGAUGGUUAAAGGGACGGCAUGUGAAAACAGGACAGCUGGCAGCUAUCAAGGUCAUGGAUGUGACUGAGGAGGAGGAAGAUGAAAUCAAACUGGAGAUAAACAUGUUGAAAACUCAUUCUCAUCACAGAAACAUCGCCACAUAUUAUGGUGCUUUUGUAAAGAAAAGUCCUGCAGGUCAGGAUGACCAGCUUUGGCUGGUGAUGGAGUACUGUGGUGCAGGAUCAGUCACAGACCUGCUGAAGAAGACUAAAGGCAACUGUCUGAAAGAGGACUGGAUCGCUUACAUCUGCAGAGAAGUGCUCAGAGGUCUGUUACACCUGCACUCACACCAUGUCAUUCAUCGAGACAUUAAAGGACAAAAUGUGCUGCUGACAGAGAAUGCUGAAAUUAAACUUGUGGAUUUUGGUGUGAGUGCUCAGUUAGACAGGACCAUUGGAAGAAGAAACACUUUUAUUGGGACGCCGUACUGGAUGGCACCUGAGGUGAUCGCGUGUGAUGAGAACCCAGACUCUACAUAUGACUAUAGAAGUGACGUGUGGUCUCUGGGGAUAACAGCUUUAGAAAUGGCAGAAGGGUCACCACCAUUGUGUGACAUGCAUCCAAUGAGAGCGCUGUUUCUCAUUCCACGAAACCCUCCUCCCAAACUUAAGUCCAAGAAAUGGUCUAAAAAGUUCCUGACGUUUGUGGAUGGUUGUCUGGUGAAGAACUACCUGCACAGGCCAUCAACAGAGACGCUGCUACGACAUUCGUUCAUUAAAGAUCUCCCUAAUGAACGUCAAGUGCGCAUCACGCUCAAAGACCAUCUGGACAGAACCAGGAAGAGGAGACGAGAGAAAGAGGGAACUGAAUAUGAAUACAGUGGAAGUGAAGAUGAAGAGGAUGGUAUGAAUGAGGAUGAAGGUGAACCCAGCUCUAUAGUGAAUAUUCCUGGCGAGUCCACGCUAAGACGAGAGUUCCUGCGUUUACAACAGGAGACACACUCACAAACGCAACAACAACAACAACAACUACACAAUCAAGACAACUACAAAAGACAGUUGCUCGCUGACCGACAGAAGAGGAUCGAACAACAGCAGGAGGAGAGACGACGCUUUGAAGAUCAACAGGAAAGGCUGUUACAGGAGACUGGACGGCAGUGGCCGGAGCUUCAGGAGAUGAUAUGGCAAGAAGAAACUGACAUCACUGAGAAAAGUAAAAGAAAUCACAAGAAACAGCCCAAAGACAAUGAAUAUCACAAGACUGAUAUUCUAUCCGGGUCUGUAAGUCUUUUAACUGAUCAGCAGGGCAGAAAGCCCCACCGCACACUUCCCCGAGAUCAGGCCCAGCUUCUGUUACUCCAACAUGACCACAGACACCAGCAGAAGAACUGCCCCACCACACCACAUGAUGGGAUGGCAGGAAUUACGGAAUCUCUGGACAAUCAUCAUGUGAAUAUGAAUCAUAUCGAAGUCAGGAUUCCUCAUGUUCAAUCCAGACUUGGAUCAGGAAGCAACUCCAGUCCCUGCACUCCAGCACUCCAGAGAGCUGCCAAACACCCGAACAUGAAUGUGUGCUCCAGUCGAGAGAUUCAUCAUAGCAACUCCAUGUCUGAUGUUGCAACUCCUCUCUCUCCAACACUGGAUGAUGUGUUCUUUAACCCUGAUGAUCAACCACCCAAGAUUCCAGAGCGAACAACCUCAAAGUUCAAAGAACCCUUGACCCAUCGUAGAUUUGGAUCCACAGGUCAUCAGUGUCCUCUGGACAACAGUGUCAAUAUGUUUUACUCCAGCAGCUCAACAAGCAGCAGUCAGUCAGGUUACCAUAAGGUCGACAGUCCUCCUCAACAGAACAGACUGUCAAACUCUCAAAGUCCAACAACACCACAAAACCAGGGUUUUGAAAUGAAGUCUCUCUUCAGUCCUUUAGUGAAGUUAGCAGAGUACUCUUCCUCGAGUGAUGAUGAUGAUGAUGAUGAUGAGAAGAGCAGAUCUCCAUUGAGAAAUGGAAGGCAUUUGUUAUCCAGAGGACAGUCUCAUGAUAUAGUUCUUCAGCCUCAGCACAAUCUCAAACAGCAGCAGUUUUCCAUGUUUGUCCAGCAGAGUGCAGCAAAGGCAACACAUAAUAUCCAUCAAAGACCUGUGGCAUCACAAUCCAGUGACAUUUAUCAUCUUCCUGACCUGCUGCACAAGAGCCCCAUACAUCAACUCACCUACCACCAACCCAAUACACAAACCUCACUGGAUAAAAUGCUGAAUAAUCAGGCAGUAAAAAAUACGUCAUCCUCUUCAUCAUUCUCAUCAUUUAUCGACCCUCGAUUGCUGCAGAUCUCUCCACCUCAGAGUCCACAAGGAUACGGUCAACUGAAUGUGAGGUGUGACCCGUGCAGGAGAGAGCCCCACAGGAAGGGUUCCGUGGUGAACGUUAACCCUACUAACAUCCGGCCUCAGAGUGAUGCACCAGAGAUUCGCAAAUACAAGAAAAAGUUCAAUACUGAAGUGUUGUGUGCUAGUCUGUGGGGUGUGAAUUUGUUGGUGGGCACAGAGAGUGGUCUGUGGCUGCUGGACCGCAGUGGUCAGGGUAAAGUUUACUCUCUCAUCAGCCGCAGACGCUUUCAACAGAUGGAUGUACUGGAGGGACUCAAUGUACUAAUCACCAUAUCAGGUAAGAAGAACAAACUGAGGCUGUACUACCUGUCCUGGCUGAGGAAUAAGAUCUUGCAUAAUGAUCCAGAGGUAGAGAAGAAACAGGGCUGGACGUCAGUGGGCGAGCUAGAAGGAUGUGUCAGCUACAAAGUCGUUCGCUAUGACAAAAUAAAGUUCCUGGUCAUCGCUUUGAGGAGUGCUGUGGAGAUCUAUGCGUGGGCACCCAAACCAUAUCACAAGUUUAUGGCUUUUAAAUCAUUUAGCUCACUGCCUCAGAAACCCCUCUCUGUUGACCUGACGGUGGAGAAUGGACAGAGGUUAAAGGUCAUAUAUGGGUCUCACUCUGGUUUUCAUGCCAUUGAUGUGGAUUCAGGUUCACCCUUUGAUCUGUACCUGCCCAAUCAUAUUCAAGGUCUGAUUCGGCCUCAUGCCAUCAUCAUUCUGCCCGGCAGCGGUGGGAUGGAGCUGUUGCUGUGUUACGAAGACGAGGGCGUCUAUACUGACACCUAUGGCCGCAUCACCAAGGAGACGGUGCUGCAGUGGGGGGAGAUGCCCGCCUCUGUCGCGUACCUUCAGUCAAAUCAAGUGAUGGGCUGGGGAGAGAAAGCCAUUGAACUAAGAUCUGCCAAGACUGGAAGUCUAGAGGGAGUCUUCAUGCACAAAAAGGCUCAAAAACUGAAGUUCCUGUGUGAGAGAAAUGAUAAAGUGUUCUUUGCCUCUGUUCAGUCUGGUGGAUGCAGUCAGAUCUACUUCAUGACAUUAGGACACAACUCACUCUUCAACUGGUGAUUUUUUUGGAUUGAGAGCUUUGUGGGGUAAAUCAGUAAACUGUCUGAAUCCCACAGCCACAACAUUAAAACCACCUGCCUAAUAUUGUGUAGGUCCAACCAAAACAGCACCAAACCGCAUCUCAGAAUAACAUUCAGAGAUGAUAUUCUUUUUACCACAAUUGUACAGAGCAGUUAUCUGAGUUACCGUAGACUUUGUCAGUUUGAACCAGUCUGGCCAUUCUCUGUUGACCUCUCUCAUCAACAAGGCAUUUCCGUCCACAGAACUGCUGCUCACUGGAUGUUUUUUGUUUUUGGCACCAUUCUGAGUAAACUCUAGAGUCUGUUGUGUGUGAAAAUCCCAGGAGAUCAGCAGUUACAGAAAUACUCAAACCAGUCCAUCUGGCACCAACAAUCAUGCCACGGUCCAAAUCACUGAGAUCACAUUUUUCCCCAGUUUUGAUGGUUGAUGUGAACAUUAACUGAAGCUCCUGACCUGUAUCUGCAUGAUUUUAUGCACUGCACUGCUGCUGCAUGAUUGGCUGAUUAGAUAAUCACAUGAAUGAUUGUUGGUGCCAGACGGGCUGGUUUAAGUAUUUCUGUGACAACAGAAAUAGAGGUUUUAAUGUUGUGGCUGAUGGGUGUAAUAACUAACUGUUGUACUAUUGUACAAUCACACACUGUAGCAUUUUGUUUUUGUGGAAAUGCCAAAACCUCAGAAUUGAAAUUAUACAAUAAUACAAAAGUAUAAUUGGGGACAUACAGCAUUAAUUUUUUUUUUGGGGGGGGGGGGUGUUUCAAGCUGAAGUAUUUAAUCAUAUUUUAAGUUUAACAUAACAAAUCACAGUUUAACUUGAUAUUUUUUGUUUAUUAUAUCUCUUCUCAUACUGAAAAUCAAACAUAACUUGACACAUAAUCAAUAAGUUAUAAAGUUAUAUAAAAAAGAACAAAAGUUUUGUUUAGAUCUUAGUGCAGACCAAACAUUAGAUAUUUUCUUUGGCCACGCUGUGUUGAGUCUGAACUUCAUUAUUUUUUAUUUGCAGCUGAUUUUGCUUAAUAUCUUGUCAGCAUGAGAAAGAAUAUUAAAACCUGGCAGAUUAAAUAUUCUUCUGUACACUUAUGAAUUCAUCUUUUAAUUGUCUGAUGUACUCACAUUAUUAAAUCAGCUCCAGUGUGGCCACAACUGCCAAACACUUUGCCUUUUCUCACCAUAUUUCAUAGAAGACAACGUUAUUUCUUAGUUUUAGUUUCUAUUUUGGCCUCUGAUUUGGAAUAAUCAUAGUCUUGUCUAUCUAGACAUCCACUAGUUUCUUUAAGUACAUCUAUACAGUAAGGUUUAGCUUGUGCUUUAUUUAUUCAUAGAUCAUGUUUAUUAGUUAAAAAAUGCCACAGGGAUGAUAAACACAAAUUCACUUCAUUUUUGAGCAGAUCAGUUAAUUCAUCAAACUGUACAUGUGUCAAUAUAGCUUAUGUUUAUAGGUUUUGUAGCUGGCCAAUAAAGUUCAUUUUGCAGAUGUGUGACUAUAUAGAUUGUUUGUUUAUACCCAUUACAAUAUAUAUCAUUCAUCUUAUUUCCCCCACCAUGGUGCCUUAAUAAUCAGAGAGUUUAAAUGAUAUGCUAAUUAUUCUGUAUUGCUCAUUAUGUGUUUUACCCAGUAAAUCUGCUGGUAAAAAGCAGAUUUACUGGGUAAAAAAAAAAGAGUGCAGCUUGGUCAUGUGUGGAAAAGACAAUAUAGCAAGCUGUGCAUGGAUGUGGGGAUGUGAAAAUGUGUAGAGGAAUGGGUUCAGCUUAAGUGGAGCCAGAAAGCACGGACAGUAGUUAACAUAGUGUUAAAGAAAGUCAGAUAGUCAAAGGUUAACCAAGGAUGUGGCAUGAAACAAAGAAGGAUUAGCACCGGCUAUUUUAUUUGGUGAUAUUUGGGAAAGAUGAAUUCAAAAUGAAUUUAAGCACUCAAAACUCUUGAAUUUGUGAAUAUCUGGGCAAAAGAAUACUUUGAACCAUUCCUUAAGAAUCAUAAUGGAUCCACUUUACAUUGCUUUUAUACAGAGUGACUUAUUAAUAUUAUUAAAUUAGCUGUUACGGUUGCACUUAAUUACCAUUGACGAUUUAUUUCAUUAAUGAAAUAAUAGAAAAGGUAACAGUAAAAUAUCAAAUUGUUGUUUCACUCUUGGUCACCACUUGAAGCUUUUACUGUCACGUAGUCCUUCAUUCAUGUGAGCCAGCGAAUAAUGUAAAUGUAUACUUAAUUGUACCUUUUCUGUUGUUCCAUAAAUGUACAUUUCCUGUAUAAAGUUUCAUAGACAUUUAGCUAGCAUAAUGGACAGUACAGUAUAUGAAUUACACUAUGUAUAAGAGGGUUAUGCUCAUCAAAAACCUCUUUUGUUUAGAUUGUGUAACAAUAUAGACAAAUGCAUUUUACUUUGUGUAUAUAUUUCUUAUGCGUCGUGUGACUGGACUCAAUUAUAAAAUAUCUCGAUAUAAAUGUACUCAUUAAACCAAAUAAAUGUUUUUAAAAGUUA